AUGGAGCAGAGCUUGUUUCUUGGUAAUCGAAGGCCACGUCUGCUUCAGGUCUGGCUACUUACAUUCUGUGUUCUGCUUUGCCUCAGGACUGGAGGUAAGUAUUGCCUCCAUCCCCCAUCCCAGAAGUGGCGAAAGAAGAAUAAACCACUGUUUUAGAUAGGUUGACUCUAUUAGUAGCAGGAGAGAUAUACUUUGGGGUGGUAGGGAGGAAAUGCCUUCUGCCAUAAGUUUGCAAUAAUUCAGUGUUAUGGUACAUGCUUUCAUGCAGAAAGCCCCAGGUUAAUCUGUUAGCAUCUCCAGUCCGAAGGUUUCAGGAAAAGAGGGUGGGACAUCCUGAGACUCUGGGAACAAUAAUGGGGCAAAAUGGACAGGUAGCCUGAAAUGCUGGAAGGCAGCUCUGUAUGUAUGUAGGAGUUAAUCAGGCUGCCCGACGCCUGGUAUAUGUGUAGUGGUGGUGUUGUGGUCUAAACCACUGAGCAUCUUAGGUUUGCCGAUUGGAAGGUUGGCGGUUUAAAUCCUUGUGGUGGGUUGAGCUCCCAUUGCUCUGUCCAAGGUGUUGCCAACCUAGCAGUUUAAAAACACACCAGUGCAAGUAGAUAAAUAGGGCUGAGCUUAGAGCUCAUUGCAGGACAGAGUUAAGCUUCCAUUGAGGGAGAAAGCUGCUUUUCUUCUGGGAGCGCCAUCUUUGGAAAAAAGAGGAUUCCCUUGUCUGGGUGGAAUGUGUUGCUAGAUUAAGGGCACAGGAGCAUGCUAUGAAUCUGCAUAGAGUUUUCUCAUCCUCAGAGGUGUAAAUUUUGUCCGACUUUCCAUGGGGAAAAGAAUCCUACCUCUCUAGGAUCUAUUCUGACAGCUAUGUGUGCCCACAGCAUUUUGGUGGGUUGGGAUAUUGAAAAUCUUUUGGUCCCAUCCCAAAUUAAAGAAAGGGGUCUCGCUUGGUACUAUGCUUUGCAGUACAUCCAGGAAAGAGAAUUGAUAUAAAUGAGGGAAGUGGUAGGAGUCCCGGGCUUCAGACUCCUUGUCUACCUCCUAAUGAAGCCCCAGAUUUGGUGACCGAUGGGUGAAGGUGAUGCUUUCAUGGAUAAACAGUAAAACAAAUUUUUGUGCCUCCUACAGCAGAUGCUGUAAAAUGCAGAAAAUGCAUGCCAACAGGUCAUGACAAGCCAUGUGGAUCAAAGUCAAAGACAUGUGAGGGGCCAUUCUGUGUAAUGACAGAAAGAUUGUCAGGUAAGGAGGCUUUUCUGUCUAUGUUCCUCCUUUUUUAUGAUGUGACUAGGAUUUGCCUCUUCUGUGCUCUGGUAACCUCUUCAUUUCUCUGAUGAAAAUGGGACUAUCCGAUUCCACAAUGGUAAUUAUACUAUUUAUACCGCACACAUCUUACUGGGUUGCCCCAGCCACUCUGGGCAGCUUCCAACAUGCAUAAAAACAUAAUAAAACAUUAAACAUUUUUUUAAUAAAAAAAAUCUUCCCCAUAUAGGAUUGCCUUCAGAUUGCUUGGGAGUCCUCCAUACCCUCCAACAUUUCUCCAAUGAAAAUAGGCACAUCCUAAGAUAAAGUGGGGCAUUCCAGAAUCAAAUCAGAAACUGGCUUCUCUAAAUCAGGGACGUCCCUAGGAAGUAGGGACACUUCCAGUGUCCGCUAGUUUAGACUACUGCAGUGCAUUAUACGUGGCGCUGCCUUUGAAGACAAUUAGGAAAAUGCAGCUGGUCCAGAAUUCAGUGUGGGGAUGUUUAGGAUAGUUGGCAAGGAAAUAUUUCUUAAGUAUUAUCCUUCCUUUGCUCAUGCUAGUUAGUGAUGUAGCAGAGCAAAUCCCCUUCUGUACUCAUGGAAGCUAGUUGAUAGAUUCCUUUGAAUCUCUACAAACUGACUAACCCAAUGUGGUUUGCUCAGAUGGAUUAUUUCUGGUGUCUCCUUUUCUCCCUCUUAAAAUACAAUAAAUACUCACAAGUCUGUCUUUAAAAGUAUAACAAUAAUUUUACUCACAAGUUGUUCACAGUACACAUCCUGGAAGGCAGCCUUUAAGCUUCAGGUUACAAACAUACAACGUGGCUUACAUCCUUUGUGAGGAUGGGCACAAGUGCUGCUGGCUGAGAGCCAGCAGCCAACAAAAUGGAGGGGACUGAACUGAGAGUUGAAUCGAACAAAACUGAGACAAAAUGGCUGCUUGACUCUCCCCAUAAACAGUAUUGACCUCCUGGACCCUGCAAUCAUCCUCUGAGGCCCUUCUCUGUGUGGUUCCUCUACAGGAAAUCUGGAGGGUGGCAAUACGAGAACGACCCAUUUCUGAAGUGGCCCCCUAUUUGUGGAAUGCUCUUGCCAGAGAGGCUCUCCUGGCACCAUCAAUAUACAGUCGUACCUCGGGUUAAGUACUUAAUUCGUUCCGGAGGUUCUUAACAUGAAACUGUUCUUAACCUGAAGCACCACUUUAGCUAAUGGGGCCUCCUGCUGCCGCCACGCCGCUGGAGCAUGAUUUCUGUUCUCAUCCUGAAGCAAAGUUCUUAACCUGAAGCACUAUUUCUGGGUUAGUGGCGUCUGUAACCUGAAGUGUAUGUAACCUGAAGCGUAUGUAACCCGAGGUACCACUGUAUAACUUUAGACGCCAUGUAAAAACAUCCCACUCCUCCCAGACCUUUGGCUAAUUAAAAAAUCUAUGAAUUUAAAAAUGUGGGAGGGGGUAUUGUUUUCGUUCGUUAAUAUGCUAUGUAUGUUUGUGUUUUUAUAUUGUAAGGCACUCAGUGAUCUUUGGACGAAGGGUGGUAUAGAGACUUAAUAAAGAAUGAGAAUGAGUAGAAGAACAAGAAUAAGAAUAAUCAUGAGCAGAUCAGGAUGAAUGCUCAAUAAAUGGAAGAGCCCAAAGUUUUGCUAGUUCAUAAUAAAAUUACUGUACAUAAUAAAUUUACUACAGCAGUUCUGAUUUUCUGGUCAGGCUCUGAAUUCUCUUGGUAAGGUAAGGAGUAACAUCUUUUAACAAAUUGGUUCAUGGACAAAUUGACAGAGCUGUCCUUUCCUUGUCAAAUAUUGUGCAAUGCUUGACAAGUGCAAAGUUGCAGCAGAAAUAAGAGAAACACUGGGCAUUUCCAACGAAUGGAGCAUUAGAAAGCUUUCCCCCCACCUCCAUUUUGAACACAUGGAUUCAAUUUUGCAGCUGGGGAGAUUCCUAAACAUAUCACUGCAAGACAGACUGUGCAACAACCUUCCAGCAGAACUGGAAGAGCUGCUUCAUUAGAAUCUUGAAUGCCAGCUAUAGUCUUCUAUUAAGCUGCAUUACGUAGAGGGACCUUGCUCAAGAAGAUGAAAUGUUGGAGAGGGACAGGAAAAGUGAGGUUUCUGCUUCAAGGAACUAACUGGCAUGUCACUUGGAAAGUAGCCUAUUUUUCAGUCUGAAGGAAAGGUAUUUGGGAUUUAUCCUAGGCAACAGUGGUGGAGAUUCUGAGAUUUAAGGGUUUGUUUUAUUUAGACAUGUAUUUUGCAUAUGUUUUAACUUUAUUUUAUUUUAAUGUUGACACUUUAGUAAUUUUAGAAGGGGGGGUCAGUUUUAGGUAUGCAUUUUUCAGUGGAGCUUAAAAUGGAAUUUAUUUCAAUGUGCUGUGAACUUUGUCUUUUCUUUUUGUAUGAACUAUGUGUUAGGAUUGUCCUACUCAUGUGUAGGACCCUGGUAGAGACACAGGCCCGACUGGCAUGUUCUCUCCCUCCUGGUCUGUCGGGAGCUUCAAAAGCUUUCUCCAGCCCAAACAUCACCAUACCAAGUGGCAUUAGCACGCUUAGGAACAGCAGGGUGUUAGCAGUUUGCUUUAACAAACUCCGUAGCAUAGCAUUUUGGCUAAACUACUUUUAUUUACAGAUAAUACACUUGGAGCAUUCUGACUUAGCUCCUUCCUCUUUCUCAUCAGACAGAAAAGAGAAAGAACAAAGGACAAUAGUCCCACAUCACGGAAACACAGUAACAUACACAUCCUGUCUCUGUCACUUCCCACACUGUGGAAUGAAAACAUACACCAUCAUGUGAUAGAAAACAAUCCCAUGACUGCAAACAUGGAGCAGGAAUCCUAACACUAUGGACUCCACUCAACAGUUAGCAUCAGCAUAAGCACUUCUCUUUCUCUCGCCAGGUCAAAACAAAAACUUGAAGAUCAUGAAAUUCUGUGGCAAAGCUGAGAAUAAAAAGCUCUGUGGAACAGAAACGAAAACAGGAGAAAAACUUAAAGUACAUUGCUGUGAAACCGAUUUCUGUUUUGACUGAUUUUACUGUUGUAUUCUUGUAUUGUUUUAACCCAUCCAGAAACCUCUUGGUAAAGGGUGGGCAGCCAAUCUUUCUCCUUCUCUUUCACUUUCUCCUUUGAAAGACAUAAUAUUAGAACAUUUCAUAUCCUUUGCUUUUGACGGAUGCCUGGUCUUCCUCCUGCAAACACAGAAAACAGAAAAAACACAGAGCAAACACAGAAAAGCAACAAACCCCACCCCGAGACUGUGAUUCUACCACUGCAACCACUAGUACACUACUCACAGUAAUGGAAAUAACAAUAACACUAAUAAUAAUAAAUUUGUUCCCCACUCAUCUUAAAUGUGUAGCCCCAUUUUAUGUACCCCCUUCGACUCAUGCUCCUGGUUUGAAAUCCUGCUCUUCAUCAGCCUGCCAGAUUGGCCAAUUGCAGGCUGGUGUAGAGAGGGAACAAUCAGGAUUCCCUCAGGUCCGCUCCUGGGGGAUUUAAAACAGCCCACGCCAGCCCCCGAUGUCCAGCAUUUCUUCAUUGGAUCAACCCACCCAUUUUGCAUGUGCAAAUUGAAUUGACCUUGCAAUGGCUGCGGAGGUCACUGUAUUGUUGGUGCCGGGUAGGAAUUUGUCUACCUGGGGAAUUGGCUAUGACCUGGAGGUUUUGCCUACCCUGUAGCAAUUGUCACAACUUUGGCGGUUUAGGCGUUGGGUAACCUUAACCUUGGUUGGAGGGGGGGUUGUACUCUGGCCUUCCCCUCCAGAAAUAGGGUAUGUGAUGGAGUUGCUUCUGUCCAUUUGCCCAGAAGGGGGUAGGGGCUUGGGCCUGUCCAUCAGAUUCUCAAUUCAUCUCUUCUUGAAGCUCAUGGAACCCCUCUGUUCUUCCCAACCCCUCCUUGGUUGGAGAGCUUGAAUAUUCUCUUUUCACUUUCCUGAACAUGGCCAUGUAAUUGGAACGUAGCAAAGCUUUUAAGUAAUUUGGACUGGUGGGAGUUCUAGGUGGCCAAUCAAGAUAGAGUUCAAUAAUGAUAGUUAAAAUUACUGCUAGUUUUGCAUGCAGGAA